AUGGGGUCUCCAAAAAGUCAUCUUCCUCAGGAUCUUAGUCAAGACCAGGUGGCGUCUCUUCUCGCGUCCAUCAAAUCUCCGAAUCCACUUUCGAUACGUCGGCUUCAGGUCACGGCUGAGUUUCACGUCAUAUACAUUAUCAGCUACGCGGCAUCAGAUCUGAAGCUAUGGCUAUCAUCCAAGCACAUUGCUCACUUGAACAAUAAGGAGACCACUGAACUAGUUUUGCGAAUUUCUGGCAACCAUAUUUCGAAGAUCAAGACUGGAAACGAAGCUGCAGUCUUGUCAUGGUUACGCGAUAAUACUGGUAUACCAGUUCCAGCUGUGGUGGAAUUUGACUCUAGCACCCGAAACUCGCUUGCGUGUGAGUACAUGCUGAUGACGCGCGAGCCUGGAGUAAGCCUAGCGGAUGUGUAUGCAUCUCUCGACGCUACGCAGAUGGAUGGGAUACUGGACCAGCUGCUUGAUGUCAAUGCCGAGUUGCAUAAGCAUGAGUGGUCACACGUCGGCGGUCUCUGCUUUGAUGGACACGGGAAUGUCGUUCCUGGUCCAGUACUGGAGGAAACAUUCUGGUUCGAGCCAGACAUCAUUGCUUUGUGGCCCUCCGGCGAGACAUUCGAAUCACUCAACAUCUCUGGACCAUUUGCCUCAUACUCGGACUAUAUCUCAGAACAUCUCCUCAAGUACAAACACGCCAUUGAGAUACACUCAUCUCUAGGGUUCAUGCAAGAGAUUCUUAUUCGACUCGACCGCUUCUUAGAUGUCAUAGCUACCGAGACUCUACGAGCUAAAUUGAACAACGUUCCUCUCCGCCUUGCACACAAAGACCUCCACUUCGCCAACAUCCUCAUCGAUCCCUCCACCGCCAAGAUAAUCUCAAUCAUAGACUGGGAGUUUGCGGGUGUAGUACCAUUCACCCGCUGGAAUCCUAGUCGAGCUUUCCUCUGGAAUACGCAAGACAACGAUAGCUCAAAGCCAGAGAAAGAGGCUUUGAUGCAGAGGUAUGAGGCUAGAGCUAGGGAGAGGGGACUUGGGUACCUAGUUAACGAUGCGAAGUUCACCUCAAGGGAGCAGGAGGGUAUGCAGACGGUUGCGAAUUUCCUGAGGGCGAUUGUGGAGGUUUGUCCGAGGGGUCAGGGGGAGGAGAAGGUGAAGGAUUGGAAGGAGAUUGUUGUGAGAGCUAUGACUGAGCUUGGGGCUUGA